UCUUGUGUUGACCAAACCCUUUUUUAGGAAUUGGGAUCCUUCAUCAAAGUUCUCAUCUUUUUUCAUUAAAGUUAACUGUUUCAACUACCCCACCUCAAAGCACCUUCUCCCCGUUCAUUGUUGCAACUGUAUCGACUCCUUCCCUUCCCUCUCUCCCUGCUUUCUACCGCUUCUUACAAUGUCGCUUCCUGCCCUUGGAUCUUUCUCUCCGCUAACAUCUCCGGCGUUCAGGGGCCGGCCUCGCUUCGUCAUGUCCGGCCGAUCCAAAGCCCUCUCUGUUGCGCCAAUUUUGACCAAGUUUCAGAAGGAUUGCGACACCCCUUUGCCGGUAUUGCGCUACGUGGCCGAUGCAAUGGCCGACGAUAUGCGGGCUGGGCUCGCUAUCGACGGUGGCAGCGAUCUCAAAAUGAUUCUCAGCCAUGUCGACACUCUGCCAACUGGGAAUGAGAAGGGAUUGCUUUAUGGAUUGGAUCUCGGCGGCACCAACUUUCGGGUUCUUAGAGUGCAAUUGGGCGGCAAAGAAGAACGUGUUAUCGCCACUGAAUUUGAACAAGUUUCAAUCCCUCAACACCUCAUGUUUGCCACAUCUCAGGAGCUCUUCGAUUUCAUUGCCUCUGGUCUGGCAAAAUUUGUAGAGGGAGAAGGCAACAGAUUCCACCUCCCUCCUGGAAGAAAAAGGGAGAUUGGAUUCACAUUCUCAUUCCCUGUGAACCAAACUUCCAUUGAUUCUGGCAUUUUAAUCAAGUGGACUAAGGGUUUUGCUGUCUCUGGAACGGCUGGGAAAGAUGUCGUUGCUUGUCUAAACGAAGCCAUGGAACGACGAGGACUAGAUAUGCACGUUUCCGCCCUUGUAAACGACACGGUUGGAACCUUAGCUGGAGCUAGAUACUACGACGAUGAUGUCGUGGCUGCUGUGAUUUUAGGGACCGGAACCAACGCUUGUUAUAUAGAACGAAAGGAUGCUAUUCCUAAGCUGCAAGGCCAGGCAUCCUCUUCAGGGAAAACUAUUAUCAACACGGAAUGGGGAGCAUAUUCAAAUGGUCUUCCUCUCACUGUUUUUGAUAGAGAGAUGGAUGCUGCCAGUAUAAAUCCAGGGGAGCAGAUCUUUGAGAAGACAAUAGCAGGAAUGUAUCUGGGCGAAAUUGCUCGUAGAGUGCUUUUGGCAAUGGCUGAAUUCGCCCCUCUUUUCGGCAAAUCAAUUCCCGAAAAGCUGUUUACGCCGUUCGUCCUCAGCACUCCAGAUGUAUGUGCUAUGCAUCAAGAUGUUUCCAAUGACCUUCAAGCCGUUGGAUCGAUCUUGUACAACGUUUUCGGGGUGGAGUCGGAUUUAAGUGCAAGAAAAGCUGUGGUAGAGGUGUGCAACACGAUUGGUAGGCGGGGCGGGCGAUUGGCAGGGGCGGGAAUAGUAGGAAUCCUGCACAAGAUUGAAGACUUUGAAGAUGUAAAGCUUGGAAAGAGGAGAGUUGUGGCGAUGGAUGGAGGAUUGUACGAGAAUUAUCCACAGUACAGAAGGUACCUUAAAGAAGGAGUAGCAGAGCUUCUGGGAACAGAGUUGGCUAAGAAUGUGGCCAUUGAACAUACCAAGGAUGGCUCUGGCAUUGGGGCUGCUCUUUUGGCUGCUUCAAACUCUAUUUAUAGAAC